CGAACAACCGGGGCCAGACUGGUAACUGCUUCCUUACACCGUUAUAUGAAUUACCCAUCAAUUUUCCACCAUCGCCGCGAAAAAAAAUUGAAAUUGUGCCAAAAGCAUUUGCCAAAUGCAGUUUCCUCAUGAAUAACAAAAUGUGAUGUUAAUCUUUAUCAAUGUGACCUCUUAAAGUACAGAAAUGAAGAUGUCAAGGCUAUAUGCCCAUGAAAUCAUCGACGGGCAAGCUACAUUACUGGAAAUAAGCCAAAUCAAUUAUAAUCAUCCAAAGCUAAUGUAUAUUCAUGAUACAGGGAUUUGUAAAUAUUCGGCGGAGAUGAAUGCCAUCUCCAGCAGAGCUUUUCAGUCCUUAAUGACAGGUAAAAACAGUUGCCACGAGACAGCACGAAAUUCGUGUAAAAAGCUAUGAAAGAUAUUUACUGCAAAUCAUUACAAGGAGAGACCCUGAGAAUGCCAACCAAAUGUUUACUUCAACAGGCACGUAACCACAACAGUGGUUAUAGUCAAUUUAAGGCGCCAAAAAAUUCUGGUGUAUCGCAAAACUGAGGUAGAAGCGUUGAUACAGCCGUCAGGUGUAAUUUCUCGGCCAUGGAUCCUCUCUUCAAAGCAAUGAUCUUUCGGACCUUUGCUUUCUUACUAUGGAGUUCACUUAGUGCUUGGCUGUUCGCUAUGGUUGAAUACACUGAAAAAGAUGAGACUGAAGAGAAAGAACAGUUGCUACUGUCUCUGUACAAGACAAUGCCAUUUAAGUACAACAUGACGGAAGUAGAUUUCAAAAACUUUUCCAGCUCCUCGUUCGAGGCGUUGAGCAAACCUAACCCUAGGUGGACGUUUUUUACCGCUUUGAUCUUUGUCACUCAAGCCAUGACCACUAUAGGCUUUGGAAAUAUAACUCCGAAGACACCUGAAGGCCAAAUACUAUGCAUCUUCCUUUGUCUACUUGGCAUUCCAAUCACUCUCCUUAUGCUAAACUCCAUUGGUGCAAUCAUUGUCAAACGAGUCAACACACUUGUGAAGAAGUUCGAGAUGAAAAUCCUUAAAAUAGAAGAACCAAACAAUGUAGAAAAAAAGAGUGCAGUGAUCUUGUUUUUAUUUAUGGUGUUAGAAAUUGUGAUGAAUGCUGUGGUUGUGUCAAAUUUAGAGGGCUGGACAUUCGUCGAGGGAGUUUAUUUCUGGUUUGUAACACUAACAACAAUGGGUUUUGGUGACUACAUUCCAGAGAGGCUCAAAGCGACCAAUCCCUCGAACGAAAACAGUUCCCCAAGUUUGUUAAGCUUUUUGGAACUGGUUCUUGUUGUGGGAGGAUUAUGUAUUGUUUCUAGUGUAUUUAACUCCCUCAUGGCGGCCUUGGAUGAAAGAAAUUGGCGGUUUAAGUGUUCCGCACGUAUUUCUAGAAGAAGACAGGGGCGCGUUGACACAAUAAAACAACCUCAUGACGAUAACAUGACGUCUAGAAGAAUGGAAAAUCUAGGUUUGGAGAAUCUUGAAAACACAGAAAACCGAUAGGAGCCUCUAUGUUCUCUAACUCAAUUGCAGAUCGUCCCUGCACUCUGGGCCAGAGGAAUUUAAGUUUUGGACACCGAAUUUUUCAUCGAGCUAACUAACGAUGACGCAACUAUUUUGUUGAUGUCUGAUGGAAAUGUGUAUGGAGCGUCAUUUUAAUCUCUAUGAAGUCCAAUGUAAAUUAAACCUUUCUUACGAACAGCAAAACUCAAACAAUGAAAAAAAAAAGAAAAAAAAAUUAGCUUCCUUUGGCACCCAUUCUAUGCCAAGUUGUGUUUUAUAGCGAAUGAUUUUCUUUCGAAAAGUCAAGUUAACUAAAUUUGAUACUAAACUUGAAGAACGUCUAUUCCAACUUUGUGCCACUGCCCGCCGAACUCAGAUGAAUUUUAUCCAACUGUGGAAUCAACAUGGAAUAGAUCUGGCUUCUGACGUCGAAUCUAAUUCAUUGGGAUAAAAUAAAAUUUAUAGUAAAAGAAAAAAAAACUGA